ACAUAUGUUUGUAAUUGAAAGUAUUAGCCAUAUGUAACGCGUCACUUGCUGACAACAAAUAUUUAACGACGAAGAACAGGGUUUUUCGGGUGUGCACUGUCAAAAUUAUAUCAUUGAACGGGCUAAAGAGCAACAAGUGAAUUUGAUUCAACAGUAAAAACGAAUAGUAUUUCGAAGCACUCGUAUUUGUAUAUAACAUAAAAUUACUAUAAUUAACUAGAAAUAAUGGCAAAAGUAGACAAAGUGUCGACGGAAAAGCACGAGGGCGAUGUUACCUGCCUGGCCUACCACAACAACCAAGUGUUUUCUGGUGGUGCCGAUGGAAAAAUCAAAAUUUGGGAUAAUGAUCUCAAUCUGAUUAAGAGUGUGGACGCACAUGAGGCCUACAUGUAUGCCAUGGCAAUAAAUACACGCAACGGUAAACUUUACUCCAGUAGCUGUGAUGGAUGUGUGAAAUUUAUGGCACCACCCUACGAUCAAACGGAACAGCUUUUCUCUUGCGAGGAUGCCAUUCAAGCGAUGUACUGUGAUGGCGAUACUUUAUAUACGGGUGAUGAGAAGGGUGUGGUGACAAAUUGGAUCGAUGAUAAAAUCAAAUUUAAAUACAAUCUUGUUGAAGAGGUGAAAUCGUUGGCUGCUGAAAAAUCUCUCAUAUAUACUGUACGAGAUUUGGAUGUGGUUGUAUCGGAAAUGAGUGCUGGUAAAUCGGGUAAAUAUAGCAAUAAAGCGGUAUUGCCGGGGAAAUCUCCAAUGACAUUGGUUGGUCCAGUGGUCGAUGAUAAACGAACAUUCCUCGCAUUUGCCGAUCGCACCGGUAAGGGAUUGUCAUUUGUGAAAAAUUUGCCACAACAGAAAUUCGAAAGUGUGUGGAAUUUACCGGAUUGCCAUGAGUUGAUCGUUCAAGCGAUUUGCGGCGACGAUAAAUUUCUUUAUAGCGGUGGCUACGACAAUAAAGUCAAAGGCUGGACGAAUUUCGAUCAAGCGAAACCGACGCCUCUGGGUGAAGUGGAGGUUGGGAGUUGUGUGAAUGCAAUAGUUUGUGGCGCGAACAAUUGGGUUUAUAUUGGCACAUUAGAUGGCAUUGUACGAAGGGCAAGAUUUGUUUGAAACCCGUAAAAUUGAAAAGAGUACUUAGAAUAAUUGAAUUUAUCUACAUAGGAAUAUGUUUCACAAGUUAUAUAGGCACUGCUGAAAAACUGCCUUUAUUUAUUAGUUAAUUAAUUUAUUUAUUAAUCUGCCGUUAAAAUUAG